AUGGAAACAAUAAACUACUCUAAUAAAAGCACCUACCAGGCAUUGGAUGAGAAUAAAAUUGAAACUCCAUCAAUAUUCUUCGUACAGAAUCCCAACAUCAAUGAAAUUGUUAACACUCACCAGUUUGAUGAAAUUCCCUACAAGACCACGACUGACUUUCCGGCAGUUGAUGAUAUAACAAAAUUUUUCAAAGACAUCGGUGAUGCUAUAACCAAAUUUUUCGAAUUCAAUUUUGGCAUCAUUAUCGAAAUUGUUAUUGGAAUCGGAAUAUUUAUUUUAAUUUGUCUCUUUCCAACUAUUUUGGUCGGAAUAAUCCGAGCAAUAGGCUUUAGUGCUAAAAGAAUAGGUAAAGGAACCUGGGCUGCUACAUGUAUGGCUGCGCAUGGUGGAUAUGUUGUUGCUGGAAGCCUUUGUUCUGUGCUGCAAAGUGUUGGUGCUAAGGGAUAUCUGGGUUAG